CACGAACGACACCCAGUCCCGCCGUAGGUCUCGCGCUGGAGACAUGGUGACAGCGUGUUGUUGGUUCAACUUGCAGGCUCUUCAUGAAGACUAAUUAUUUGGCUUCCCCCUCUGGAUUGUAGAAGACACCAAUGGGGAACUCCUAUGCGGGCCAGCUGCGGACCACACGCUUUGAGGAGGUCCUCCAUAACUCUAUUGAGGCAUCACUGAGGUCGAAUACCGUAGUGCCUCGACCUGUCUUCUCACAACUAUACCUCGAGACAGAGCAGCCUUUGGUACAUGAUGGCCAUACAGAGAAUGAUGACGAGGACGAUGAAGAUGGCUCGGAGUCUAACAGCCCAAUACCCUAUCAGAUGAAGCCCCCCCCUGAGGGAAGCUGCACCACAGAUGGUUUCUGUCAGGCAGGCAGGGACCUGCGUCUGUCCUCGCUGGCAUCAGAUCCCUUGGAUGUGCCCCCUGGUUUCAUGUUGGUCGGGGUGAAGUCACCCUCCCUCGCUGAGACCCUGCUGGUAUGCGCAGUGGACCGCCGCUUCCUGCCGGACGAACGGGGUCACAACGCACUGCUGGGCUUCUCAGGGAACUGUAUGGCCUGUGGCGAGAAAGGCUUUCGCUAUUUCACAGAGUUUUCCAACCACAUUAACCUGAAGCUCAGCACCCAGCCUAAGAAACAGAAGCACUUGAAGUACCAUCUGUACCGAAACAAUCAGGGCGUGCUGGUCAAAGGAGCUCCCAUCUGCUGGAGGGGACACGAUGGCAGGAUGAGACAGAUGGGGUCCAGCCUCUCAGAAGGCCAUGUGACAUCCGAUGAACAGCCAUCAAACAUGGCACUGACUCAACCAUCACACACACCUGGCAGCUACACAGCUGGAUCACAUGUGGACUCAGUUGGCCUGCCACAAAUAACUGACACCCCUCAUUCGUUGACAAAUGGCAACCAUGCUGUUCCCUCCACCGCUCAGCCACCUGUAAAUCAGUCAGGGCCUGGGAGACCCUCAGCUUCAGGGCCCCAUGCAAAUGCUGGACCCCCAAAAAAGAGGCACAAGGGCUGGUCGCCAGAGUCAUCUGCUAACAAUCUGCCAGAGAGCACUGUGAAGACACCGCCGUCUUCAUCAGCCUUAUCAACAUUAUCUGUGUCCUCUGGCAACACAAAUGGAGCCAGAUCAGAGUCUGCAGCCCCGCUGAGUUCAUCGCAGGGGUCCUUAACCCUGCUUUCUGCCCCAGGGCAGUCUGUAACAAUCCCUGAUCAGCUGCUACACACCUGCAGACUGCAACCUGUCAUCUUUAAAGGUCAUGGCCCACUCCCUCAGCUGACUGGCAAUGUCAGUGAAGUGCUUGUCAGUUCUCUACUCCAGAGUUGUUACAUGAGCUCUCAGACACUCCCCAGAGUCUACCAGCACUAUGGACCAUCACCCAUUCAGCCAUUGUCAACUGAGAUGCAGAUUCUACUUACAGUCUACUACCUUGUUCAGCUAGGCCCUGACCAGGUACCACUGAUAGAGGACUUGGAGCAGAUAUUCAUGAGGUCAUGGAGGGAGUCCCACCUCAGCGAGAUCAGACAGUAUCAGCAGCCCCAAACACCUGCCACGCAAGGGAGGCACUAUGGCAUAGAGACGCCAUCCACCUUGCCGGGGCUCCCCCAGCAUUUCUCCUUACCUCCCCAGAGCCAACAACCGCUGAUCCCCAGCCAGCUCCCCUGGCUCGCCCAGCUGGCUGCGUCGUCCUGUGGAGAGGGCGUGGUGGUGUUAGGGGAGCAGAUCGGAUCUUUAGCUCAAGGCAUGCAGCAAACGUUCAGCAGGUUAAUGGAAGGACGGCUUGAAAACACAAACUAUGUGGUCAUUAUUGUCACUGCGCCGGGACAGGAAACACAGUCCUGUGUGGUAGUCACAGGUAAACACCAGUGUCGUGCCUUGGCAGAGAGUAUGUAUUCUCCAAAUGAGGGUCUGAAAGAAAUCAACCACCAGCUCUCCACUGGUGUUGCCCAGGAACUCAUCCACUACUGCAAUUCCCUCGGACAAGAUGGCGAUUUGGAUUCCCUGCUGGAUAGUGCCACUGUGGACAGCAAUGAGCAAUCUCCCUUAUCCAGUAGUCAGGAAUCAGCUGAAGAGAGGAGUCUCAAAACCACACACAGUCCCAAAGACACACACAGUCCAAAGAAUUCACACAGACAGUGUUCAAAAGACUCACCCAGCCCUAAAGGGGGAGCUUCAAGUCCCAAAGACACCUGUUCAGAGUACUCUGUAGAGUGGCGUGAGGUACGUCCCAUCCAGCUGGCAGUGGCCAGAAAGCUGCUGUCCCAUGUUUGUGCCAUAGCAGACUCCAGCACACAGAACCUGGACCUGGGUUCCUUUGACAGGGUCAGCUUCCUUAUCCUGGUCCCACCCUCCGAGGUCACAUUUCAGCAGACCGUUCUCCACCUCUGGAGCUCUGGUGUCCUUCAGGAGCUUGGGGGUUUAGAACAGGAGUGUGUGUCUCAACGGGAUUCUGAGCAUUAUGUGGUCAAGAUGGAUCAGAGCGCUCAGGCACGAAUUGACGGCCUCAUCCAGGAAGCACACAGCAACUCCUACACACUCUACAUCCUUGUCCAUGACCAUGCUCACUGGGACAUCAACAGUGCAUCCUGCAGUAGCUCAGACAGUGGUUUGGGUCUGGUGGACCAGCUGUUAAACUCCCGUCAGGUCAGAGAUGCUCCGAACAUCCUAAUUCUCCACGUCACCUCCUUCCCCUUUGCUCUGCAGACACAGUAUACUCGUAUCAGCCCCUACAACGAGAUCCACUGGCCCUCUGCAUUCAGUAAUGAUGUUGACCUGUAUCACGAGAGGACUCGUUAUUUUGGUGUGUCAGAGCUUUUAGAGUCGACCCGUUCAGGAAGCAGCCUGCCUCUGAUGCGUUAUGAUUCCUCCUUUGAAAGCAUGGCAUCUGCCCUGGAGGAAAGGUUCCCUAAGCUGCACAGUGCCGUGAUCCGGACUACAAUUUUGAUCCAGCACUACUGCGUAGCUCUGAUGGCUGCAUCUGGCAGAAUCUGCAGCUCCCACAAUCUCCACAAACACACCUCUGUGGAGACGCUGGAGAUUGUACAAUCACUGCUCACUGCUGCCCAGCAAUGUCCCGCCCACCAUGGUCACAUGGUCCUGCUGAGGAUCCCCUCUUUGGCUCUGGCAGCAUGGGCCCACCGACGGCUAUCCAGAGUGAGGAGGCAGCUGGGUCUGGAGGAGAGUUUUGAAAUCAUACUGGGGAAUCCAAACCAAGCUCUGAAUAUUGGACAGAGCUUCACUGACCAGAUCAAGACAUGGCUGAAGAUCCAGGAUGCUGACUGGGUUCCUCAGACCUACCUGGAGCUGGAGGCUCUUCCCUGCAUCCUUAUCCUGUCAGGAGCUGAGCCACUGGGAGAAUCAUUGCCCAGGUCAGUGAAGUACUGUGAUCUUAGAGUGAUAAGCUGCUCCUACCUUCAGCGAACCACACUUGAGCAAGAGCUAGGGCUGGCGGCUUAUCUAGUGAGGGCUGAGUCACGACCCCCACACAACCCUGGACCAGGAAGUGACGUGCUGGAGAGUGACGCAGAGAAACUCAGCAGUACUGACAAUGAGGAGGAGGAGGGACAGGAGAACGGGGACUCCCCUCUGUCAUCCAGCCAGCAGCUCCAGUCAUGCCCAGACACUGGCACUUUAGAUCCCUUCCCUGCCCAAAGCACCACCUCUCCAAAUGUUCAGAAAGGGACCAUGGACACCAUACAAUCUCCCUCACAAUCACAGACUCAACUUCCAACACCGUCUCAAUCUUUUCCUCAUCCUCAAUCUGCACUACAGCACCAAACCCAACCAGUCUCUCAGCUGCAGCCACAAUCCCAAAUUCAGAGUCAAAAUCAGCCAUUAUCUCAAACAAGUUCCCAGCCUUACACUCAAAUGCCUCCUCAGCACCAGUCCCUCUCCCAGAUGCAAAUACCCCAGCCUCAACCGCCCCCUGCCCAGUCUCAUCGCCAACACUCCAAAUCCACCUCCUCUGGCUCCUUGUCCCCUCAAGCCUCCUCUCCCCAUCUGAGCUGCUCCUGGGCAAGGGGAGUGAGUCGCCCGCCUUCUGUGCUCCUCCCCCGUGCCCUCUAUGAUGUUAUCACAGCCGGUGACAGCAGCGGGCUUCCACGAUGUACUUCAUUCCUGCCACACAUGUCUGUCGCAUGGGCAAGCAGCUUCAGGCCCUUGCUGAGUAAGAUGAUGACAUGUACAGAGCAGUCAUUGUACUAUCGCCAGUGGACAGUCCCCCGCUCUUACCACAUGGACAGCAGCAAUCGCACUGAAGGACGAAGUGACAACUUUCACCCUCGCAGGCUGCUGCUCAGUGGACCCCCACAGGUGGGUAAGACAGGAGCGUACUUACACUUCCUGGGUAUUCUGUCUCGGAUGCUGAUCAGGCUGAUGGAGGUGGAUAUCUACGAUGAAGAAGACAUCAACUACAGUGCCCAGGCAGAAGGGCUGCAGUACCACCCACCCAAUGCUCCCUGGCCCAACCCAGACAUUAUAAGGACAAUGCCCUUUGACUACGCCCUCCAUGACCCCAAAUAUGACGACAUCAGCUCUGUCUAUAGCCCUGGAGAUAUACCAAGCACUGAAGGAAACCCUAUGCGCCAGGAGGAUGUGUACCUACGUAGGCGGACAUCUAGGAUCAAGCUGUCUAAAUAUGCAGCCUACAACACCUACCAUCACUGUGAACAGUGUCAUCAGUAUCUGGGCUUCAACCCAAGAUACCAGGUGUAUGAGUCAACACUGCAUGCCUUCACAUUCACUCAUCUACUGCUUGGGGAAGAUAUCCAGCUCUACUUCAUCAUCCCAAAGUCUAAAGAACACUACUUCAGCUUCAGCCAACCAGGAGGCCAGCUGGAGAGCAUGCGGCUGCCUCUCACCUCAGAUUGGAGCCCAGACUGCAUCAAGAGUCCAAUCUUCACCCCAACCACUGGCCGUCAUGAGCAUGGUCUGUUUAACCUGUAUCAUGCUAUGGAUGGAGCCUCACACCUACAUAUUCUGGUGGUCAAGGAGUACGAGAUGGCUGUAUAUAAGAAGUACUGGCCCAACCACAUAAUGCUGGUACUGCCCACUGUCUUCAAUGGAGCUGGAAUAGGUGCUGCUCACUUCCUGAUUAAAGAGCUUUCAUAUCACAACUUGGAGCUGGAGCGCAGUCGGCGUUUGGAGGGAGGGGGCCCUGCAGAUGACGUCUGGCCCUUCAUCAUCCUGUCUGACGACUCGUGUGUUAUGUGGAAUGCAGUGGACCUCGACGCACACAAUGGUCCAGUGGAGCAUGCCGUGUCACUUAAGCAGGUCUUACAGCACAUGGAGGCCUGUCCAGACCUGGCCCACUAUGGACUGUGUGGCAUCAGGAAGUGGAGCAGUCGUGGACUCACAGGUAAUAAACAGAGGGAGCCCUUCUUCAGAGGCCACCUUCAUGACUUCCUCCUCCUCAAUGUCGACCGGAGUCAGAACGUCCAGUACGACCAGAACCGCUUCACCUGUCAUGAUGUUGAUUUCACCCUGAGGCUACACAGUGCUGGACUGCUCAUCUGCCGUUUUAACAGUUUCAGCGUCAUGAAGAAGCAGAUCGCCAUAGGAGGAUACAGGACAUUUAUUAUCAAGACCAAGAUGACAGAUGUCCCUACCUCAGUGGGGCCCUCGCAGUACAUCUGUGCCCCAGACAGCAAGCACCUUUUCUUGGCUACACCAGCUCAGCUCCUCCUGGAAAAAUACCUCCAGCACACCAGCCAGAAGCUGUUUCCACUCAGCACCAAGAACUACACACACCCUGUGCUGUCUGUGGACUGUUAUCUCAAUCUGGGACCUGAGGUGACGGUGUGUUUUGUGAGUUCCAGACCUCACUCUGUCAACAUAGGCACCACGGGGCUGCUGUUCAGUGGCCUUCUCCUCUGUUUCGCCGACUCCUUCGUGACUCCUGGGUUCCUCAAGAAGUUCACCUUCCUCAAAGGUGCGACUCUGUGUGUCAUCAGUGCAGAUCGUAGCUCCUUGAGGCAGACGGUGGGCAGGUUGGAGCUCGAAGAAGAGUGGAGGUUCAGACUUAGCGACGAAUUCCAGACUGCCAACGCCAAGGAAGACCGGCCGCUCUUCUUUCUGACUGGAAAACAUAUAUGACUGGAACACAGAGAGUCAAAGUCAAGAUGGAAAUCACUUUAAUUGCCAGUAAGAAUAAAUGUGUGUUUUUAUAGCAUGCCAGUACACACUAACAUCAGCUUCUGAAUUGACAAUGCAAGAUAUGCAAAAGACAGUAGACAAUGCAUAUUACCCAGACCUGUGAGACCCUCUGGAAACAUCGAUGGAACAUGAAACAAUGAUCAUUACCACACAUCACUGCGGACACACAAAAAGGACCUUUGGAGGUGAGGUCCAAUUCUAGGCUGCCAACAUCAUGACAGACACAUUCAUCUUGUAAAGGAUGUAAUCUUUGAGAGAGAAAAUCAUUUUGCUAAAUAUAUUUUUUAGGUGGCUUUUAUUGAUUGGUGGUAAUCCUGUGAGUUAGCAAAAGAUUGUUCUGGGGGCUUUUCUGGUAAAGAAGUUGUGUUGUUUACAGUUACUGUGGUUUAUGUGCCAGUCCUACACUCACUGUAAUUUAUUUAGUUAUCUACUACAAAGUUUUUUUCCUAAAAUAAAAAUACCCAUUGCAGAGUUUUGUGGUGAUAAAAGAUUAAAUGAUUCAUCUUGUAAAAACACCUCUUGAUAGAUCCAUACAGUAUAUUUGAAGGAGGUAGGCGCACAUAAUAUAAGAAGCUUUAAAAGAGGGUAGACACAAUCAUCUGUGUGCAAUGGUAGCCGAAUUUGGUGUUUUUACAUAUGAUAUAUUUUGUCAGAUUUGCUGUGUAUGGAAAAAAUAAAUAAAUAAAGAUAAAAAAAAGUCCUUAUUAUCUCUGUGUACAAGAAAAGUGUUCUGUUUGGAUGUAGAACGUUUGUUAUGCUUAAUGCUCCGUAGAUGUUGAUUUAAUUUGUAACUGCUGAAGAAACACAUAUCCACUGUGUGUUGGUAGCGUUUCAUGAUGUACACUUUUUUGUAUGUCUUUAAUUGUAUAAAUGUACAGACAUUUUAAAUAGC